CGCGAAGAAUACGAAAAACGACAGAAUCAGGAGAUCGUCCGAAAAAAUAUUGCCGAAAUAGUUGACAACUGUGUUAAUACGGUAAAUACUGGCUGUUCUAUUGAAGUUGAAGAAGUGCUAAACGAAGUUUGCGAAUGUUUAGAACAGCUAGAUUUGUCUUCUAUUGAUUCGAAUGAUCCGAUAGCUUCUGGAAUCUUGGAUGUAGCGGAGGGGGUGGAUGGGGUGGCAGAUAAGUUAACAGUAGGGACGAAAGAGAUCCUUAAUGAAGUUGAACUAACUGAACCAGAAUUUUCGGAGAAAACGGAUGCCAUGCUGGAUGAAUUUAUUAAUGGCUAUAAUUUAUUGGGUCCAGAUUUUGAUCCAGCUCUUGCUAACCCAAUUACUUUUCCGCGAAAUGAAAAUAACUUAAACACGCGCAGAACAUUACUAACAACUUUCGAUUUGUUAGAAGGAUUGAGAAAUUGUUGGAGCCUGAGGCCAUUACUGGGCGAAAGCGAGUAUAGUGAAAACUCUUAUGUAAUCCAUACGGUCUCCAGAGCGAUGGAUCCUAUAUUUAAUUAUUAUAAAUGGAGUCUCAAGCGUUCAUGGGAGAAAGUGGCUGAUUCAUCACAAACACGAAAGGAGGCGAUGCGUUCUGUCCAAUCUGGGGAUAGGCCGGAUUUACAGGUUCUUCUGAUGCUUGACUCUGCUAAGAUGCGAUUGAUGCGAGAUUUGAAAAAAAUAAAUCGUCUUUGCAAGGAUGCGAUUGAUGCGAGAUUUGAAAAACUGUUCAAGGGAAGGGAUACUGAAUGUGAUGAUGCGAGACGCUUGAUCGACGAGCUCCUCCAAAUACCAUUCAUUGGGAUUCAAGUGAUACGUAAUCGUGUGUUGGUUUUUGGAAUCGACUUUUGUAAUAAUUCUUUUUAUCGUUCUUUCAAAAUAUGCGAAUAUACAAUUCCCUUAAGAGUUUCGGGUCGCCAGAUCGUGAAAAAGUUCAUUAACGCUGAAGUCGGAAAUUCGGCUACGGGGUCUAAUAUGUCGAUAUCGACGACAUACUAG